GAGUUGCUGGACGACGCAGACAACUGCCGGCGAAAGAUGGAGGCUGCCACAACGCUCAUCAGUGGUCUGGGCGGUGAGCAGGUGCGCUGGACAGCCCAAAGUCUGGAGUUCAGGGACCAGAUCACUCGGGUGCAGAAGUCAGUAGAUGAGCCAUAUGAGACGUCCAUAGACAAUGUGACGUCGCUGAACCACAAAUACUUCCGCCAACACCUGGAGGACGCACUGUCCCUGGGCCGGCCGCUGCUGAUCGAGGACGUGGAGGAAGACCUAGACCCGGCCCUGGACAACGUCCUCGAGAAAAACUUCAUCAAGUCUGGCACCAUGCUCAAGGUCAAGGUCGGGGACAAGGAAUGUGACGUCAUGAACACUUUCUACCUGUACAUCACCACAAAGUUGGCCAACCCUGCGUACACACCAGAGGUGAGCGCCCGGACGUCCAUCAUCGACUUCACGGUAACAAUGAAGGGCCUAGAGGACCAGCUGUUGGGCCGUGUCAUCGUCACCGAGAAAAACGAGCUGGAGGAAGAGCGCAGCAAGCUGGUGGUGGACGUGACCAACAACAAACGUCGCAUGAAGGAACUGGAGGAAAACCUGCUGUACAAACUCACCAGUAUAGAGGGCUCUUUGGUAGACGACCCGUCACUGAUCGAAGUUCUGAACACCACCAAGAAGACAGCAGCGGAGGUGAGCGAGAAACUGAACGUGGCGGCCGAGACAGAGCUGGAGAUAAAUACAGCCAGGGAGGAGUUCAGACCAGUGGCAACACGAGGCAGCAUCCUGUAUUUCCUGCUGUGUGACUUGGUCAUGGUGAACCAGAUGUACUCCAUCUCCCUCAACCAGUUCCUCGUGCUCUUCGACAACUCCAUGAGCAGAUCCAAGCCGAGCCCACACACCCAAAAACGUAUUGAGAUAAUCAUCGAGUACUUAACCUAUGAGGUCUGGGCCUACACCUCGAGGUCACUGUACAACCAGGACCGGCUACUCUUCACCCUCCUUCUAGCCAUCAAGAUUGACCUCACGAGAGGAGGGGUUAAGCCGAACGAGUUCCAGGUGUUUAUCAAAGGGGGAGCGGCCCUCGAUCUGAACGCUGUCACGCCGAAACCCGCCAAAUGGAUCACGGACAUGACCUGGCUCAAUCUGGUACAGUUGUCUACCCUGCCUGCCUUCACCAAUAUCCAAACUCAGGUUUGUAACAACGACAAGAGCUGGAAGAACUGGUUCGACAAGUCUGCGCCUGAGCAGGAAGUGAUUCCGGAGAACUACAACAAUCUGCUGGAACCCUUCAGCCGUCUGCUGCUGAUCAGGUCAUGGUGCCCAGACAGGACCAUGGUAGAGGCGCGCAAGUACAUCAGUUACUCCCAGGGCGAACGUUUCACGGAGGCCGUGGUCCUUGAUAUGGAGCUGAUGCUGGAGGAAACCACGCCGCGCAUACCGCUCAUCGGCCUUCUCAGCAUGGGCUCAGACCCCACAAAUGAAAUUGAGAAUCUCUCCAAAAGACUGGAAAUUGAUCUCCAUCAAGUUCACCAACGAUCCGCCCCAAGGCAUCAAGGCGGGCCUGAAGCGAACGUACACGUCCAUCAGCCAGGAGUAUAUCGACAUCUUCAACUUGCCACAGUGGAGACCUUUGCUCUACACCGUUUCUUUCUUACACACUGUGGUACAGGAACGUCGCAAGUUUGGACCUCUGGGCUGGAACAUCCCCUACGAGUUUAACUCUGCUGACUGGGGCGCCAGUGUACAGUUUAUACAGAAUCAUCUGGACGACAUGGACCUUAAGAGGGGCAUAUCCUGGCCGACGGUACGCUACAUGAUCGGCGAGGUCCAAUAUGGCGGACGUGUCACAGACGACUACGACAAGCGACUCCUCAACACCUUCACACGGGUCUGGUUCGGAGACUUCAUGUUCACCGACACCUUCCAGUUCUACAAAAACUACAAAAUCGCGCGCAUGCGCAGCAUGAAUGACAUUUUGGAGUUUAUCGAAGCUCUGCCACCCGUCGACUCGCCGGAGGCUCUGGGACUUCACCCAAACGCCGACAUCACCUACCAGACAAACACGGCCAAGCAGGUCCUUGACACUAUUGUCAGCAUCCAGCCCAAAGACUCGAGUGGAGGGGCAGGGGAAACAAGAGAGGCUGUCGUGUACCGCCUGGCAGAAGAGAUGUUGGGCAAACUUCCCGCUGAUUAUAUCCCGUGGGACGUGAAAUCCCGACUGAAGGCCAUGGGCAUCCUGCAGCCUCUGAACAUCUUCCUGCGCCAGGAGAUAGAUCGCAUGCAGAAGGUCAUCACGCUAGUCCGCGUCACUCUGUCUGAUCUGAAACUGGCUAUAGACGGUACCAUCAUCAUGAGUGAAAACUUACGAGACGCCCUGGACAACCUGUUUGACGCCCGUGUGCCCAAACGUUGGAUCCGCUUCUCCUGGCAGAGCUCCACCAUCGGGUUUUGGUUCACGGAACUGUUGGAGAGAAACGAUCAGUUCCACUCCUGGAUAUUUGAAGGACGUCCCAACAUUUUCUGGAUGACGGGGUUUUUUAACCCACAAGCCGUGCCGCACAGACCUGACCUUUAUCACUGUCGUUCUCAUGAAGACCAAUCAGAGCCCGGACCACUGGAUUCUCAGGGGCGUGGCCUCACUCUGUGACAUCAAUCAUUGGCCGCUGGUGGACAUGGCUGGGAUGAUGGUGAUGCUGAUGAUAUGUUGGAUACACACACUGUUUGUGUUGUAACAGGUGUGCUAGCAUUGAUCUAGGCUGAAAUAGGAUACCUAAACUGGACACAAUAAGUUGGUCAGUUUAGGUUUUAUUGAUAUAAUCAACUCGUCGUGGGCCACAUUCACGAUUAUUUGGUCGCUUUUAAGUACAAGGGGGCUAUCCCCAAAAAUGCUGUUUUGAGAAAGUCGAAGGUAAAGUU